AUGACGGGAUCGUCAAGCGCUAAGCUACCAAGACUUAUUCCCGGGCCGCUCGUUAACAGCCCCAUAGACGGCGGCGGCCCGGAUACCGCAGAGGAACGAAACAGGAAGCGAAAGAAGGAAAAACCAGACCGCAAAGAGAAGACAGACCGGAAGGAGAAACCAGACCGAAAGGAUGACAAGCUGCACGACGAUCGGACCCGGCGGAACUGGCUGGAGCAACAAGUUUGCUUUGCAGAAGACCGGGGCCGGAAUGUUGAAGAGGAGAAGAGCGCGGGGAAGCUGGACAUUGAGCGGCGGGAGGAGGCCAAGAUGGCGAAGAUGGAGGCCCACUUCCGGCGGAAGCGAGCAGAAGUUGUAAAGGCUGGUGGCGGAUCCGGCAAGAGUUACGCACCCCUGGCCGUGGACAGUCUCACGGUGCUCCAGCCGCGGCGCAACAACUCUUCAAGGUCACGGGAGAGGCUCGCCUCGUGGAUGCCUCCCACAGACUUAAACGCACUUGUGGUGAACAGAGAGCUGCUGGCGACCGCCAGGGCGGAGCUGGAACGCCUCAACAGGCAACAUGACGCGCCGCAGCGCCAAAAUCAGACACGGUACCCGGCGCACGCUGACGGCGUGUCCCCCUGGGACCAAACAAACAACAGUACGUGCCAGGCGAGCAGACGACAUCGCGUCCGUCCCUGGUGGCUCCUCCCAAAAGCAGUCGACAACGCAUCGGGGAAUAUAUAA